GUGCGGUGCCUGGUGGCGGGCCCAGCGACAGGAGGGCCAGGUGAAUCCGGACCUAAACUCCUGCUAGACUCCAAAUAAUCCAGCAUCUGGGGAAUCACUCCUGGUGCGCUCCAUGUACAAGGCAAACCCUCUCCAUGGUGUACUGCCUCUUCAGCCAUGAAGUCUUGAACUGGAGUGGGAACUAUCGAGAGGGAAAGAAACUGAAGAAUUGUAGAACUGCCAGAGCUUGGUAAUGCCGUGUGAAUGGAAGGAGAGAUGACCUCAAUCCUGCGAAGCCCUCAGGCUCUCCAGCUCACUCUGGCCCUGAUCAAGCCUGAUGCCGUUGCUCACCCACUCAUGCUAGAGGCUAUUCAUCAGCAGAUUCUGAGCAACAAGUUCCUUAUCGUCAGAAUGAGAGAACUUCUGUGGAGGAAAGAAGACUGCCAGAGAUUUUACCAGGAGCAUGAAGGGCGUUUUUUCUAUCAGCGGUUGGUGGAGUUCAUGGCCAGUGGGCCAAUCCGAGCCUACAUCCUUGCCCACGAGGAUGCCAUCCAAUUCUGGAGGAAACUGAUGGGGCCAACCAGAGUGUUUCAAGCACGCUAUAUGGCCCCAGAUUCAAUUCGUGGGAGUCUCGGCCUCACUGACACCCGCAACACCACUCAUGGCUCUGACUCGGUGGUCUCAGCCCGGCGAGAGAUUGCAGCCUUCUUCCCUGACUUCAGUGAACAGCGCUGGUAUGAGGAGGAGGAGCCACAGUUGCGCUGUGGCCGUGUCCACUACAGUCCAGAGGGAGGCAUUCACUGUGCAGCCAGCACAGGAGCCCCGGGACCAGAAUGAUGCAGCCUCCGUCUGUGGAGUCCAGUGACAGUGCCGAGUCCUUUCUCAGGGAGAACUUUAGCCUGGAGCAUGUUCUCGAACCAAGGGGUCAGGGCUUGUGGUGGCAUCUGCAUGGGACAUUGUGACCUCCUUCAGCAUCAAGCUCUCUACCUCGUCUCCAGAUUGCUCUUAAGGUGGCUCAGAGGAAUGAGGCUCACCUUUCGUGGAGAGAGCUGCUCCUCCUUUUUCAAGAGGAGUUUGCUAAUUGGCUGCUUUAAAAUGCCAUGAUUCUGUAUAAGCAAUGUCUGGCCUGGCUUCCUCAACGAUAGCGUUCUGCUGGAUGCACGAGACUGGAAGCCCACCUUUGUGUGCUUUCUCUCUAUCUUUAGUGGUCUCAGUUAAUCCUGUCCUGAUGCCAGCUCUCUGAUUGAGCUGAGUGAUAAAAGAAUUGUGUGGGAAUCCUCCAGUAGGCUCAGACACAGGCCGUGUGCAGUUUGGGUAGUGCAUAAAGGCACGCUGGUGACAUAGCUGAGGGCAGGAUCCGUGCCUUCUCCUGGAAAAGGAAAAUGGUGGGUCUGCCCAAAAGAGACAUGCUUUUAUGGCUAUUUUUCGAGUUUACACAAAGCCAAUAAAGGUAGCCAUGACUGU